CGUGGAGGCUGGGCCAACAGACAAGAAGACAGGAGGAGAGACAAAACGAGAGCAAACUUUGAACAGAGAAAAUGACAAAUGCUGGAAAGUUCUGACACCAAUGAAAGACUGCGGGAGGUAAAAACGAGGAAGGGAAGAAAACUGGGUGAAGUAAUGGAGUCUGAAGUCAUGGAGGCUGAAGUAGACGAAGAGGACGGGACAUUUACAAACAUUUCCUUAGCAGAUGACACAGUGGACGGUGGAUCUGCAGCCCUGUACACUAAACAAGAGAAGGAGCUUUUCAUCAUGAACUGCGACAUAGUUGAAGACAUGGAGAACCAGGUGGAGAUGGAGGAGAAGACAAGGCUAAUAAAUCAAGUUUUGGAACUUCAACACACACUUGAAGAUCUGUCAGCGCGAGUCGACGCAGUAAAGGAGGAAAACCUGAAGCUUAAGUCAGAGAACCAGGUCUUGGGUCAGUACAUCGAGAACCUCAUGUCGGCCUCCAGCGUCUUCCAGACCACCGACACCAAGGGCAAACGGAAGUGAGGUUCCCUCUGUGACGUCCUCCGCCUGCGACUGAAAGCGGUAAAUCUACCAUGAAGACGAAGAGAGUGUUUAGUGUUGCCCACAGACCUGGGCACCACAGCUCCCUUAUCUAAGUCAAAACUAACUAUUUGAUAAUAACUACAAGCUGACCCUUCUACCUACCAUGCAGGCUCAGAAAUCAAUGCAUUUAAUGUUAGUUUGGCCCAGGUCUGUUUUGCAGCAGCUACCCUCCACGAUUAGGACGAGGUAGACAUCACCCCUCAAUCACUAUCACAAAAACCCAACUGGUGUGUGAAGUGGUUGAGGGUCAUUUGUACCUCAAGUUUCUUCUAAUGGUCCAUCUUAAAGUAGUUUCUGUAGAAUAAUCCCUCACCCUGUUUAACCUGCUUGGUUUUCUCUUUGGUGGCAAGUUGUCCCAGCCUUCUGACAGUGUUCCUGUGUCAAACUGACCUGUUAGGGCCUAAACUACCCUGGAACUAUAACAAAUGUUUGUACACAAACCUUAAUUUCAACUGUGUUUUAUGUUAUUUAUUUAAAAAAAAAAAUUUUCUACGUCAGCUGGAUCUGAGUGCUUUGGCAGGUCUGGGAUGUCAUCGUGUCUGUGUAGCCUGGCUGUACUCCUCCAUUUAGAAAAGCUAACAGACUGAACAGUAUUACUAAAAACGCUAAAGGUAUUAAGAUCACGUUUGCUAAAAAAAAGAAGAUACAUCACCGUAAUGGAGAUGUUUGACAGUGUUGUAUGUCUCGUGAAAUGUCAUCAGAUCAAUUAUCAGUAAACUGAAGAAAGUGUAAAGAUACUGUAAUAGAAAUGCUGAAAUGUGAAAUAAAAGAAAUAAUCAGGUAGAGGUUGGCAGCAAUCAAACCAGAUAACAUUAAAAAAUUAGCUCAACCAGUAUGCCUGAUGAAACCACGUCAAUCUGAAGAGACUGGUUCUGUUAACAUACGAUUAUCCUGUCAAGCCUUAAUGAUGUUGUGCACUCUUAAUUAGAUAGUUUACCUCUAGUUUAAAUAAACACUAUUCUCAAAAAGUAAAGGAAUAUAUUUAUUUCGAUUGCACAUCUGGUCUUCUUUAAAGAUUUCUCAUUACCUGUUGCAGAUAAAGUCUUCACAGCAGGCAUGGAUUGCUUUCAGCAUCCAUGAUCGUUAAGAAGUGUUGUAAGUGCUGCUAGUGUAAGCAAAAGCAUAGAGAAACUAAAAGCUGUGUUAUUAGCACACACAAGUUUUGGUCUUAGCUAACAUUAAUUUGUUUUUUUAAAGUGACAAUGGCACCAUGUGCUAUGUGACCCCCUCUCUGAUUCUUCGAUGACUGAAUACUGAGGCCCAAACUGAACUGCAAGAGGACAAAGGGAAUGUAGGGUCAUAAACUCUGCGACAAACCCGGCAUGCAAGACACAUAAAGAAGUAAAGAGGCCUUGAGUGCUAUUGAUCCACUCAGCCAGGCCUGGAAUCCAUCACCUGAUGGAGGAUGGGUCUGACCGGAAACUGGGCUUGAUGUUGUCUGUGUGCAGCAAAAUGGGAGUGUGUCCUCUUACAAUGCUGCUGCCUCAGAUAAAAACAGGACUGAGGAUGGAAGUACAACAUGAAAAAAACAAUGUGGUCUAAUAAAGUUUAUUUUCCCUUUAAAUUGAAGAUUCCUGUUCAAUGUGUGUUGAAAGUAGUGAAUCCUGUGUGAACAUCAUGUGGCUGUGGUGCUGCCAGAAAAGGAGGAACUGGAUGUAUUAUGAGGCUACAAACUCUGUAUAUGCUGUAAUUUAUUGAGGUAAUUUUAAUAUUUUUAACAGUUGUAUAAUAGUUUCAUUUGUUUCUUCCUGGCAUGCUGAAUAUGCCCCAUCUACACACACCCUGGUACCAAUUGUUCUGUGUGUAGACACACUUAACCUUUGCCUAUAAACAUUUUUGUUUUAAUAAAACCCUAAAAGCAC